CUCAGAGCUGAGAGCUGAAGUGUGUUUGGAGAUUCUCUGUUUCUGUUUCUGUUUGGAGUUUAUGGCUGAUCUGAAGCUCUUUUUUUAAAUAGACUGAGUGGUUUAUUUAACAUCAUCAGCUGAUUCCACCAUUAAUAAUGUCAGUCAUGCAGUCCUGCAGUUCUGCUCUCUGUAUCCUGAUCUUACUGAUCACUCCGUUCCCUACUGGGUCUGUAUCAGCUGUUCCUCAAGUGAAGGUGAAUCUUCAUGACUCUGCUAUUCUGCCCUGCUCUGAGAGAUGCUCUGGUUUGGUCAGAUGGACUGUGUUCAGGAAACCCACUGAUGUCCUGGCUGAAUGUGAUCAGACUUCAUGUAGAUCAAAGGAGGGAUAUCAGAUGAUCCAUGAUCAGUACCUGAAGGGGAAUCUCUCUCUCACCAUCACUGAUGCUGAUUUCUCUAAGAGGAACAUGUACACGUGUACAUGUGAUAACAUGGCUGUCUGUGAUGUGUCUCUGAGGCUUCAGGCUCCUGUGUAUUCUAAGAAGAUGAAGCCUGGAGAAUCUCUCAUCCUUGAUCUUCCCAUCUCAGAGCCAGUAAAGGUGACUUUUGACAGGACUGGAGACUCUGAUCCAAACCCUGUGAAGCUGUGUGAAGUUGAGGGCCGUAAAAUACAGUGUGACCCUCCAUAUGAGGAGAGAGUGCUGUUCCAGUCCAGUCUGCAGCUGAACGACCUAAAGGACUCUGAUGGUGGUGUUUACACUGUACUGGACACUGAGAAUGAAGAGACUGUGUCUACUUACAGAGUCAGCAUUGUUAAAGUUGGGCAGCCAAGUGACACAUGCAGUUGGGAGAAAUUCGGCAUUGGGGUAGCCUUCUUCUGUCUUGGAGCGCUGCUGGGGUACUUCGUACCAGGGCCUGUAGUAAGAUUCUGGGGGUGGCUGAAGAGGAAAAUACAGCCCUUUUGUUGUGAAAAAGAAAGAUCUGCUGAGGAAAAAAGGCUUUCUUCUACCCCUGAAAGUACUCCCCUGGAAGAGGUCUCCUCAGGUUCCCAUGUGGAAACACAGGCUGUAGAGGAUCAGAACUAAGUACAUUUUCAUUUCUGCCUAUUUAGUCUGGAGGAGAGACUAAAAUCUCUUUUGUGUCUAUUAAAUGAUAAAUUGUACUUUGUUUUUGUGUAAAGGCACAAAUGUGAACCUGUUGUAGUUCUGUUGAGCAGUGCUGUGACCACUGGAAUUCAAUGUGGUUUAAUUGGUCAAUGAAUGUGGGUUUUAUCUUGUCCAGUUGAGCCGUAAGCAGGAGAUUAAGGAGUGAAACUGGGAGUCAGAAGUGACCAAACCUUCCUCCUAAAUCUCCUAAACCUUCAGCUCAGCCUGGGUGGCUGUUAGCUUUUUGUGUUUUGCUGCCUGUUGCUAUUUUUUCAGGUGA